AUGCGGUAUCAACCACGCCUAGGAAACGGAGAGCUUGUGAAAUUAUCCUGGUCAUUAGCUUUGUUCAGGUGGACUAAUCCUGGAAUGUGGCCGUUGGACGAUAAUACAACUGAAAGAGAUUGUUAUUUAGAUCAAGCAAUAGUUGUCUCCGGAUUUCUGGCUUUUUGCAUCCAGGUUCAAGGGGGCAUACAUUAUUUGUUCAAUAAUUACCGGGACAUGGACAACUUCUUUGCAGCUUUAUCACCCGCUUUACUUCAAACUGAGCUGAUCAUACGCUUUAUUCAUCUGGCAAUGCACAAGGAUCCGUUGAAGAAGCUUCUUAAGUAUUUCUACUCGGAGAUCUAUGUGUCACAGGAAUCAGACCAGCGUAGUUUCAGACGGAUCAAUCGACAAUUGCUUGGACCGAAAUUGAUAACAAUAUUUUAUAUGGCGACAUUGUUAAACUAUUUCUAUGAAUUCGGGAUGAACAUCAUGGCCGGUCGUCGAGAAAUGCUCUUUAAGCAAGCCUAUUUCUUCGAUCAUAGGAAACUUCCCAUAUACAUAAUACUGAUUAGUAUCAACUUCUGGGCGAGUUUGUUAAUCGUCACGAUGGUCUUUGUAGAUCUCAACUUACUUGGAGAGCUUUUAAUGCAUCUAAAUGUUUGCUAUCUGCAACUGGAAAAGGAUUUGCGAUCUGCGGCUGAGCUUUUAUUGGGAUCGAAUAAAACCAAAAAUAUUGCAGCAAAAUAUGGUGAAGAGCUUAUAAAAGUGCUAAGUCGCAAUAUUAGUCUUAAUCAUUUUGCAAAAGAGAUCGAGAAACAAUUUACUUUUCGACUCUUUAUUACAUUCAGCUUCAGUUCCGUUAUUCUCUGUGUAUUACUUUUCAAAUCUUACCAAAAUCCGGCAGAAAACAUGAUCUUCAUCUUUUGGUUCAUAGCCAAGUUUAUUGAACAACUCUCCUUUGGUUAUAUCGGUUCAAUCCUAUAUCAAACAACGAAUGCGUUGGAUAUGAUGUACUAUUGCGGAGAAUGGGAGCAGAUUAUUUAUAGUUCGCAUAAUAUCGAGGAAAAUGUGAAGCUCAUGAAGCUUAUCGUAUUAUCCAUGCAGUUAAACUCGAAGCCCUUUUCCCUCACAGGUCUGAAUUACUUUCGUGUCACCCUACAAGCUAUCGUAAAAAUUUUACAGGGCGCAUUUUCGUAUUUCACUUUCCUGGCUUCAAUGCGUUAA